AUGGAUCAAGAUGAGCAGCCUCUUGUCUCUGACCACAACCGAUCUAAUCCGAAAUUUGUGCAUCCACGUAAAGAGAUGAAGGUGCCAUCAACCAUUUAUCUCUUUAUAAACGGGACCAUGCUUGAGAUAGACUUUGAAGCCAAUCAAUAUGGGAAAAGGAUGCCGUAUAUUUGGGUUAAUCAAGUUUCUCUUGGCGAUGUUGUUGAAAAAAAAGGAAAGACUGUGGUUCGAAAACAUUAA